GUGGCUUCGUCGUGUUGGAGCUGUGAAUCAGUGAGCUGUGCUUCAGCCGCUGAAUCAUGUCGUUUUGAUGUAAAUUUCUGACUAUAGCAGGGUUUGUGUUUGUUUUCGUAUCUCAUUUUCCGUCUGAGAGCUUUCUCGUCGAGCAAGAUGACGUCUGGUACCAGGCUACCAACCUGGAGGGAGAGGGAAAACAACAAGAGGAGAGAGAGGAGGCGAAGAGCCAUAGCGGCGAAGAUCUUCGCUGGUCUGAGAAUGUAUGGCAACUACAAGCUCCCCAAGCACUGCGACAACAAUGAAGUCCUGAAGGCUCUCUGCAACGAGGCUGGUUGGACUGUUGAACCUGAUGGUACCACAUAUCGCAAGGGUUGUAAGCCUUUGGAACGCAUGGACAUAGUUGGUGGUUCUGCAGUAGCCAGCCCAUGCUCGUCUUACCAUCCAAGUCCUUGUGCUUCGUACAAUCCGAGCCCUGUCUCUUCUUCGUUCCCCAGCCCUCGCUCAUCCUCCUUUGCUGCAAAUCCUAAUUCUGACAACAGCUCCCUCAUUCCAUGGCUCAAAAAUCUCUCAUCAGGGUCAUCAUCAGCCUCAUCUUCCAAGCUCCCUCAUCUCUACAUUCAUAGUGGCUCCAUCAGUGCUCCUGUCACCCCUCCACUGAGCUCUCCUACUGCCCGAACACCCCGAACCAAAGCUGACUGGGGCGAGCAGUCCACUCGCCCUGGGAGGGCUGGACAACAGUACCCCUUCCUUCCCUCUUCCACUCCUCCUAGUCCCGGUCGCCAGGUUGUUCACCCAGAAUGGUUUGCUGGGAUUAGGAUUCCCCAAGGUGGCCCUAAUUCUCCCACAUUCAGCCUGGUCUCUUCAAAGCCUUUUGGUUCCAAGGAUGAGGUUUUAGCUGGUGGUGGUUCCCACAUGUGGACUCCCGGCCAAAGUGGGACAUGUUCUCCAGCUAUAGCUGCAAGCUUUGAUCACACUGCUGAUAUUCCAAUGGCUCAAGUAGUUUCGGACGAAUUUGCCUUUGGAAGUAGCAAAGCAGGUUUAGUGAAGCCAUGGGAAGGAGAGAGGAUUCAUGAAGAUAUCGGAUCAGAUGAUCUAGAGCUCACUCUUGGAAGCUCAAAGACCAGGUGAGGUACUACAUUACUGAAAUUCAGAAGUCCAACGAUAUGAACUUGUCACCCCAUCUGAUAUAUUGUGUAGAAAUGAUAGGGCACAUGCAGCUGCUCUUUGUUUAAUUUUAUUUUAUUUUAUUUUUUCACCUGCUAGGUCUAAUUUGUUGCUAAGUUAUAUACAUAUAGCUUUAGUUAGGUGUGGGGUGGUUUUUCAACCCUUUUAAUUCCGUCUCUCUCUUGCUAAAACCAAUAUUAUUAAAAAGAUCAAUAUACUUGUAUGGAUUGACUCGUUUUGGUUGUCAAAGAAAAUUUACUUGAAAAUUCAACGCCA